AUGGCGUCCUUGAGUGAACAAAGUCGAGUUAGGGAAUUAUUUGAUUCUGUGACUUUGGGAGUAGUUCGAUCGCUUGAAAAGAAGCCAGGUGUAACAGAUUUCCGUCUACUUGAUAGACGACAAGCGGAAAAACACAUUAUCUUUACUUGGGAGCUGAAGAACAUGUGUAUCUUGCCAGAGGACUUGAAGAGUUUUUUCCUCACAACAAAUGGACUGUUAAUUCAGUGGAGCAUCAAGUUUGAUGGGAGUGUUUUACCACUGGGAAAAAUGGAGCUGAAUCCUGUGACAGGUCUAGUGUUGCUGUCUAAAGCAACAUCUGUUAGUGAUGACAAACCCUCAUUGGCUGAUUUAGAUACUGAUUCAGAUGAAGAAGAUGGCCAAGGUCAUAUAAAACCACACUUUGAUAAUCGCUGCAAGGUUUUUGAGCUGGAUCCAUGUGACAGCUAUGGUAAAGUCUGUUUGGUUUACAAAGACAUCAAAGCUGGAGUAACAACAGGACAACCUGAGAUCUGGUUUCUUGAUCAUUCACUGGAAUGGUGGUAUCUUGCUUCAUCUUUCACUGAUUAUUUCAGAAUGAUGAUAGUACAUCUUGGCAUUCCUCUCUGGCAAUAUCUUUUUACUGCAACAGGUCUAAGUCCAGAAACAAAGCAAUGGUUCAAUCUCUAUGCACCUACUAGAUUAGCCAUUGACAUGGCCAAUGUGGAACAAAAGGCCCAACAGAAGCCAAAUUCAACAGAGAGAAAUAAGUCUGCCACAAAUCUUCCUUUCAACUCAUUAGAUGUAAACAGACUCUUUAGAGGUAAAACUGACAAAGGAAAGAGUAAGCUAUCCCAGGCAAAGAAACCACCUCUGGGAAAGACUCAAAACUCAAGUCAGGGUUGACAGGGGCAGUCUGGUAGAUCAGCACCAAGAUGAAAACAACAUGUUUUAAAUUUCUCCACUUUGUGAGAUGUGGUUACCAUAGCUGUUUUACAAGACUGAGGUACAGCUCUUUAUCUUAAAGUGCACUUUGAUGUGUUUCAUGAACAGCAAAGCCACAACUCUUUUCUGAAAAGCACCAAAGGAAUAAAUUACUGGAAACUAACUUACUGGAAGUCAAGGUUACCUAUUGCUUUUGAAAAUAGCAAAAAUGGAAAUGGAAUUAUUUUGUAAAUGAUAUUGUAAAUCACCACCUUCCCCAAUCUAAAAUUUGUAUUGGGGAUGGAAAAGCAAAACAGUUUUGAGCAGGGUUCUAUCAACAUAAUAAUAUUACAAAGAAAUGAUGAUGUGUUGACAGUUCUGUCACUGAUCAAAUCC